UUAGCGCAGGCGCAGUGACACUUACUUACAACAUCCGGUCCCAGUGCUGACGUCACGGCCAGUGAGUUUACCUGAGGAGUGCCGAGACCGGAAACCAGACACCCGCGGUGAAAGAAGACGACUGGAAGAAAAACCGCCGAAGAAGAAGCUGAGCGGGUGGAGCUGGUCGUAGCUGAUCGAUCAGAUGGAAGGUGACAUCUCAGUGACGUCAGCAAACAGGAAGUCUGCUGCGAUCACAGGAAGUGCGAGAAAGAUCAAAGACAACGCUGCCGACUGGCACAACAUGAUGCUGCGGUGGGACAGGUUGAAUGAGGAUGGCUUCAUGGCGGUGGAAAGCAUCAUCAACAUGAGGCGUGCUCAGAGCGAUCAGCUGCUGCUCAACAACUCUUCAUCGCCUCCACCCUCUUCCUCAUCACAGCACGUGGGCGGAGCCUCCGAGCUGCAGGACAAAUGUCUCAAACUGCAGGAAAUCGUUGACAAAAUGGCUGCUGUGGUGACGAAGAUGGCUCGUCUGAUGACAUCACAGCGUGGAGUAGAGGAUCUGGAGGCGUUUCAGUUUGGAGCCGAAGGAAGAAAAACUCCUCUGUUUCACAGCUGGAGCACCAGCGAGUUUGGUGAAAUCUCUCAGGUGCUGCUCGACUCGUUCCGUCAGGAGCUCCUCUUAAAGCAGACAAUCCUACAGGAAGUGGCUCACACGGUGACCUCUGACCUCUGCAUGGUCUUUCUGUCCUGCUGGCUCCAUCAGCCGUUCAUUCCCACGCAGAGCAGACUCAGGCUGGAGGCGUUGCUGCUGGAGACUGGGCACCGCCCACUGUGAGACCAUCAGCCCUGUUGGAGAUGAAGCACAUGAAAGAGUCGCAACAGAGGAACGCCAGACUGAUGAGUGACUCUAUUGAUCAUCCAUUAAACCUGAUGCAGGUGUGACCCUGGCUCCACCUCAAUGAAGGAGACUCACUCAGCCCCUUUUUUUGUUUGAGAUCACAGGCAAUAAACUGAUCAACACGUGACCUGUCAUCAGCACAGCGGAGCUCACCUGUCGCCUCACCUGUACUUGUGUGGCUUAAUUCUGAUGACAUCAUUAAUAUUAAACAUCUCCACAAAGAACUUACCCGCUCAAGGGUUUGGUUGCCGUGGCGAUGUUAUGUUUGAAGCGUUUUUGUUUUUUCUUGUUACAUCACGGAUUGAUGGCAAGUUUGUUCAAACCGGAAGCGACACACCUGGUCAGACUCUGCAUGAGCCACCUAUAGCGAUGGCGUCUGGGUGCUGAAGCCCACAGCCCGCCCUUUAUGGAUGUGAUGUGUUUAUGUGCCUGAAAUAAAGACGGAGGUCUUUGUACACAUGAAAAGUGUACAAUAAAGUUGUUUCAAAUCUG